AUGGCAGCGAAUCAAGAGGACUUCGUCCGCAUCGGCUCGCGCGCGACGACAAGCAGCGACGAUAUACCGACGCAGUGUACAAUCUGUCUCAAUGAGCUACAGUCGGGUCAGGAGGUCAGCGAGAUCCGCCGUUGCGGCCACACUUUCCACAAGCAUUGCUUACUGGCCUGGCUCAACUCACCGAACACACAGCAUAGCAGCUGUACGAUCUGUCGUCGGGAGCUCUUUCCGAGUCGCCACCCUCUACCUAUAAGCAUUCUUUAUGAAAAAACGCCACAUUUGCUAAUCGUGACGAUGCAGCCACCCUCAAAUGGUGGCGAUGAACAAGCAGAAUUGGCGGCCCUAUUCGCGAACUUGACGAACUAG